AGCUGUCUCCUUCGCGUGUCUGGCUUUGACGAGACACAGAGCACGCCAACUUGUCUUGUUUGACCGUCGCUUCUUCGCUCUGGCAGCCUGCUGCGCUUCAGUUGGUAGAGACGCAUCGCCUGCUCUUUCACUCGCUCCAUUCUUGUGAGGCAUGAGCGCAUCCUACUAUGAGAUCUACCGGAACACGUCGAUUGGCGUCGCGCUGACGGAUACGUUGGAUGAAAUGGUCACCCAAGGUCGGAUUGCGCCUCAGUUGGCGAUGAAGAUCCUAUAUCACUACGACGAGCAAGCCAGCAAAGCGCUCAAUGAAAAGGUCAAGUCGCGGCUGACAUUCAAGGGCCACCUGGACACAUAUCGGUUUUGCGACGAGGUAUGGACCUUCAUUAUCAAGGAUGCGAGCUUCAAAUUCGAGAAUGAGACUGUCAUGGCAGAGAAGAUCAAGAUCAUCGCGUGCAACUCGACCAGGCCAGGCGAGGGUGCGUAAGGCGUUUUUGAAGAGCGAGCCAGCUCGUUAUUCCAGCUGUAGGGAAUUGU